ACGUAUCCCCUGAUUGCCGAUGCGCAUAUCUCUCGACCUCAGUGAUCGUACGAAAAUGGAGAAAAUUGAGCACAAGUUCGUCGAGGUCAACGGCCUUAAGCUUCACGUCGCAGAAAUCGGGAGCCAAGCGUCGCCGGCGGUGGUUUUCCUGCACGGCUUCCCUGAGAUAUGGUACUCGUGGCGCUACCAGAUGGUCGCCGUAGCUGAGGCAGGGUUCAGAGCUAUAGGACUCGACUACAGAGGUUUCGGACUCUCCGAUCCUCCUCCGGUGCCAGAAGAUGCCAAAUUCGCAGACCUCGUCUCUGAUGUGAUCGCGCUGCUUGACGCACUCUCCGUCCCCAAGGCUUUUCUCAUCGGCAAGGAUUUCGGAGCAUGGCCUGCAUAUCAAAUUCCCCUUCUUCACCCCGAGAGAGUCUCUGGAGUAGUCACGUUAGGAGUGCCUUAUAUACCUCCUCCACCUCCAUCUGCUGGAUCGUUCCUUGCUCGUCUUCCUGAAGGUUUCUAUGUAGCAAGAUGGCAGAAACCUGGUAGAGCCGAGGCUGAUUUUGGCCGCCUCGACAACAAGUCAGUUAUUCGAAACAUCUACGUACUUUUCUCACGCGCUGAAAUGCCAACUGCAGCUGAAAACCAAGAGAUAAUGGACUUGGUUGAUUCAUCUACUCCUUUACCAAGCUGGUUCACAGAAGAAGACCUUGCCGCCUACGGCUCCCUCUACGAAAAAUCCGGAUUCCGCACUGCUUUGAAAGUUCCAUACAGAUCAUUCUCCGAAGAGUUGAACGUUACAAACUUGAAUGUCGACGCUCCAGCACUGUUCAUCAUCGGCGAGAAGGAUUACUUCUUCAAGUUUCCAGGAAUGGAGGACUACGUAAAGAACGAAGGUUCUAAGGAUUUUGUUCCAAAGCUGAAGACAGUUUACAUACCAGAUGGUAGCCAUUUCGUGCAGGAGCAGUUCCCUGAACAGGUGAAUAAGCUCAUUGUCGACUUUCUCAAAGAGAAUACCAAUGGCUGAUAAAUAAUCUUUCUUUUCAAGUAAGUCCUUAUUUAAGCCUUAAUUGCUCUGUCUACCCAACAACUUCCUUUAAUUUCCGGAUCCCCUCUAUGUUUAUAUAUAUAUAUAUAUAUAAGUUUUACAAAUGUAUGUUUCCUUUCCAAUAAUGUUGUAGUGAGAAUUUAGAGAAAAUCAAUACUUUAGUGCUUAAUCAAUCAAAGAUUUCAAACACUCUCAUCCUCCUUGUU